AUGUGCAAUAACAGUUCACGCAGUCGUGGCUUCUGCUAUAGUCACGGUGGGGGUCGUCGCUGUCGAGUGGAUAAUUGCAACAAUGGCGCCGUAAGUCGUGAUCUCUGUAAACGCCAUGGAGGUGGACGGCGAUGCCGUAUUGGUGGCUGCAAAAGCAGCUCUGAAAGUGGUGGGCUAUGCUACAGCCAUGGGGGUGGACGACGCUGUAGCCUUACGUGGUGCUCGGCUCGCGCAAAGAAGGGUGGAUUCUGUGCCUAUCACUUGACAGGAGACCGGACGCCACCAUCCGCUGUUGAUAUAGCAUCCACUGAUGCAGUUGCUUCAACUACAAAUGCUCUCGUGCAUCCACACGUGGUGGAGACGUUGCUAUCGCUUGCCAAAGACCAGUCAGAUGUCAAGGUAGAGCAGACCACGUCUUUGUCUUCUUCGAUGUUGUCCAACGGCAACGGCAAGAGCGCGUACGCCAUUGCCACUUUGCUUAAUUAG